AUGAAGAAGUCAUUGCCUUCACUCAUUUCUUCAAAUAUUCAAAGUGCUUUCUUGAUUGGACGUGACUUAGCUGAUAAUGUUUUGCUUGCUCAGGAAAUUAUUAAUGACUAUGGUAGGAAAAAUAUCUCUCCCAGAUUUGCUGUGAAAGUUAAUCUCAUGAAAGCAUUUGACUCUUUACAUUGGAGUUUUAAUUUUCAAGUCUUAAGGGUAUUGGGUUAUCCGAAAGAAUUUAUAGCAUGGAUUGAAGCUUGGCUUCAGGUGAAUUUUUCCAUAAGUGAGUUAUAUAGUGGAGGGGUUGGCUCAAUUGAGUUGCUUUCAAUUGUGGAAAUUACUGGGCUGAAGAUUGGAACACUCCCAGUACGUUAUCUUGGGAUUCCACUUGUUACACGAAGCUUGAACAAUGGGAACUGUGAUUCUUUAGUGGAAAAGAUUACUAAAUGCAUUCAAAGUUGGGCUUCUCGAUGCUUAUCUUAUGCUGGCAGACUCCGACUUAUUCAAUUUGUUUUAUUUAGUAUGCAAAACUUUUGGUGUCGUAUUUUUCUUCUUCCCUCUAAAGUUGUUAAAAAGGUGAAUAAGCUGUGCAGUUCCUUUCUUUGGAAAGGACAUGAGUUUUCUGCUAAAGGUGUCAAAGUUGGUUGGGAUAAGGUAUGCUAUCCUAAGGUGGAAGGUGGUCUUGGUCUCAAGAACCUUUCGGUUUGGAACAAAGUUUGCAUGAUGAGAUGUUUGUACCUUAUCCUAAUCAAGGCUGGUUCUCUUUGGAUGGCUUGGUCUGAGCCAUAUGUUCUCAAGGGUGCAAAUAUUUGGCAAGUGCAGUAUCUACCUAAGUAUAGUUGA